GCCAACUGUAUGCGGAUAAACAUUGGGUCGCACAAUGUCCAAAAGGAGUCCAGUUAUGUUCCUUUCCCUUUGUUUAUGGAUUAUAGUACUUUCGAACCCGGGGAAGGUCGGUGCGAGGAAACACGACGAGUCCUUCUUCACCACUAGCAUUUACCGAGCAAGAUGCGCUUCGAGAUGUCUAAGCCUUCACAUCACCCGCAUAUCGGCGUUCUUCAAGCAUUUUCAGAGUAAUGGAUCCUUGGCCUGGUGUCAAAAUCACAAACAGUGCUCAAAGUGCCUGGAGCCCUGCAAAGAGUCGUGGGACCUGAAGGAGAACCAGUGCCAGGACUUAUGUGAGCCGCUCUUUCCCAAGAAGCACUACGAGUGUCUGACGAGCUGCGAGUUCCUGAAGUCGGUGGAGUCGGUGAAGCAGGGGGACUGCCCGGCGCCCGAGAAGGCCACGGGCUUCGCCGCCGCCUGCGUGGAGAGCUGCGAGGAGGACGGCGAGUGCUCCACGGUCAAGAAGUGCUGCUCCAACGGCUGCGGACACACCUGCCAGCUGCCCAAGAACCUCUACAAAGGAGCGCCCCUCAAGCCCAGGAAGGAGCUGGUGUUUGCGGAGCUCCCCGCGGGCCAGCUGGAGAUCCGCUGGUCCUCCAAGUUCAACAUCUCCGUGGAGCCGGUCCUCUACGUGGUGCAGAGGAGGUGGAACUACGGGAUUCACCCCAGCGAAGACGACGCCACGGAAUGGGAGACCGUCGCACAGACUACAGAGGAGCGCGUCCAACUGGCCGACAUCAGGGCCAGCAGAUGGUACCAGUUCCGAGUGGCCGCCGUCAACGUCCACGGCACCCGCGGCUUCACCGCCCCCAGCAAGCAUUUCCGCUCCUCCAGAGACCCCUCCGCUCCGCCCAGCCCGUCCAGCCUGAAGGUCAGCAAUGUGACAGUGGGCGCUGACGGCUCCGUGACGGCCUGUCUCAACUGGACUCUUCCCGAGGAGCCAGACAUCCCCGUGCACCACUUCAAAGUCUACUGGAGCUGGACUGUGGCUGGCAAGUCGGUGGUGCCGUCCAAGAAGAAGAGGAGAAAGACCACCAACGGGGCUAAGACCUCGGUGGAGCUGGAGGGUCUGCAGGCCAACAGCAGCUACACGGUGGAGCUCCAGGCCGUGACGUACUGGGGACAGGUGCGCCUCAAGAGUCCCAAGGCCUCCCUUCACUUCAGCACGGCGCUCUACAACGACUCAACAGAGUCACUGUCCAAGACAAAGAAAGAAGACGGUCCCGCUGUCAGCUCGGUACCAGGCAAACGACCAGCAGGCGCCCUGGAGGUGGGAACGCCCUUCUACCAGGAUGGCCAGCUACAAGUCCGCAUUUACUGGAAGAAGAGAGGAGACCCGCUGGUGAGCCGUUACCACGUGCAAUGGGCGCCCGAGUUCUGCAGCUACAACGAAACCAAGGGACCGGAGAAGUCCGUCACCCAGGAGAACUACAUCAACCUCCCCAGCUUGCUGUUCUCCUGCAAGUACAAAGUGACUGUCCACAUGAUGAAGUCCAAGAGACGCUCCAAGGAUGAGAGCGUUACGUUCCUCACCCCAUCUUGUGCUACGAUCAGGAGCAAGAGCCUCAAGCCCAUCCACUGCCCUGGAGAACCAGUUUCAGGGCAUCCCAAAGUUCUGUCCAAGCCGGAGAACCUGACGGCAGCCUUCUCCAUCCACGAGGGGAACAUCACGGGGAACUUCUUCUGGCGGGUGUCCCGGCCGCAGCCGCACCAGCGCGUCACAGGCUUCCAGGUCACGUGGGCCGAGGUCACCACGGAGAGCCGGCAGAACAGCCUCCCCAACAGCAUCAUCUCGCAGUCCCAGAUCCUGCCCCCGGAUCAUAAUCUGUUGGUAGUGGCUAACCUCAGGCCAGCCACGUACUACCGGUUGGAGGUGCAGGUUAUCACAACAGGAGGGGAGGGCCCUGCUACUAUGAAGACUUUUCAGACGCCCAGCGUGUCUCCUGUCCUUCAGCAUCGGCCCCGGCUCAGGCAGCACCACCAGCACCACCAGAAACCGGCGGCGGAGAAGCACUGAGGAGCGGCUGACCAGAACCAGAACCCACUCCGCCAAAACCAGCGCCAGCGCCACCGGCACCCUCAGCCUCUCAUCCACAAGGCCGAUUGCAGCACACCGACCGCCCCCCCCAACCAACCACCAGGGGAGAGGCCACAAGUCCCCCCCACCACCACCACCACCCCAACCCCAACCCCAACCCCACAGCCAGCCCUCCAUGGCCCUGGGUGUCUGCCCUGCACCACGGCUGAUGCCUCUCAUUCAGUGGAGUAUAGCUCAGAGCUUUCAGGAAAAACAACACACACACAACAUGGGAGGAAGUUUUGUUUUGUUUUUUGUUCCUUCUUCCCCUGCCCUCUGUUCUGUCGGUUCUGCGGUUCUGCGGUUCUAUCAUCUCCACGGAACAGCACAGACAGAUGUGCUUCUCCGGCAUCCCUCCGGUUGUUCAUCAUCAAAAAUGAUUAUGCGCUUUUUUUUCUGUUUCUUUUGCCACAAAAAAAACAAAAAAAACUCAUGAGUAUAUCAGGGGGAAAUAUCCGUCAUUUUUUUUUUCUUCACAUAAAACUUUGCAUCCAUUUUGACAUCAAAGACGCUUGAGAGCAAUGGAAUGAGUACCAUGUGAGUGUUGAAUAGAAUCGAGCUUUUUUUGCAGCAGUGAAAGACUGACUCCACCUAUUUAUUUUGUGGUACAGCACCAAGCCUGCCGCCUAGGCACACAGAAUAUAUGAGUCAUGUAACUAAAGAGCUGCGUAGAGGACCUGAGGAUAUCACAUUUUAAAAAACUGUGUAGUUGACCUGAGGAUAAAUACAUUUAGGUUGAUGUUGCAUGUAGAAGUCCAUCUCAUUUUAAGCUGUAUAUGUGUAACUAGCUUCAAACUGAAUGCUCAUAUUGGUUUUGCAUGAGAGACCUUCUUGUUCAGUAGGCAUGAGAAUACAUCUGUGUCACCUCGUAUGAAUAUGUUAGCAAUAUUCCAUUAACAGAUUAACAGAUAUAAUUAUUUGGGGAGUAAUAUGUAUUGUAUUAUUAAUGAAAUUAUAACUUUUUUGUGUGGACAUGAUGAAACUGUAUAUGUUCUUGGCUGUAGAAAUAUUUGUUGUGAAACAGUCAGUGAAUGUCUAUAUUUAUUUAUGUGUGUGUAUUGAAAAGUUUGAUUUGUGUGUAUGUGUGUGUUUCUGUGCUCUUGUCUAGACCUUUUCUGAACCAAUAACUCUGUAAAGACAUUUUGUAAAAAAUCAAAUUGUAAAUAUAGUCUUAUGUUACGUUAUUUUUCCAUGGUAGACCCUGUACAUACUGUUAAGUAAUAAAAUAAUCCUCAAACUCCA